CUGCAGGCUCAGAGAUGCUGUGAGCGCGAGACCACAGCAUCUUUCAGUCACACGAUCCGGAAAAAGCACGCAUCUCCGUCAAAGCCCGUAUCCGCGCGCACACACACUCACACACACACACACCAUCCUCCUCCUCUCCGGACCUGACAGACAAACCGAACCCCAAGAGCUAAGGAGCGCUUCAGAAGCAGCGUUUUCCGUUUCGCCUCCUUUUCUUUCUCCUAAUUUAUCCGACACGUUUCUUGUCUAAUCUUUUUUUUUUUUUUUUUUUUGGGGACUAAAAAUCCUUUCUCCUGUCUAUGAGGAGACCAGCAUUACAGAAGACAAAGCAAAGCUUGAUAAGUUAUAAGAGGGAAUAAGAGCUCACCAUUUCACCCGGACAGCCUGCCAGAACAACAUCCUGCUCCAUAAAUGUUCAUGUGAAUCCUUCAGUCGCGCAUCGUUUGGCGAGCAGGGAUCAGUGCGCUCUGGCACCGUGUUUCUCAAGGAACUUAACGCGCAUUUGUAACGAAGCACACGAUUCAAACCUCAAACCUCUGUUUUUAUCCCAGCCUCAGAUUUGGAGAACAGGAUCGGAUUCGACACGCUUCGUGCGACGGAGAACAGCGGCGGAGUUUCGGCGUCCGUGAGAAAAUGAUGGCCGGCGGGGCAGUGCAGCAAAACGGCAUUUUCUCCAAUCCGCACCACCACAAUCAGCAGCCACACAUGGAGUCGGACCCGCCAGACUCCCGCAAGAGACCGCUGGAGACGCCGACCGAAGCAAGCAGCACCAAGCGCACCAACACAGGGGAAGAAGGCGAGUACUUCUUGAAAGUGCUGAUACCCAGCUACGCUGCAGGCUCUAUUAUUGGCAAGGGAGGCCAGACUAUUGUGCAGCUACAGAAAGAGACAGGUGCCACCAUCAAGCUGUCCAAAUCCAAAGACUUUUACCCAGGAACGACUGAGCGAGUGUGUUUGAUACAGGGCACUGUGGAGGCUCUUAACAGUGUCCAUGAUUUCAUAGCUGAGAAGGUCCGGGAGAUGCCUCAGAGUGCUGCCAAAACAGAGCCAGUCAGCAUACUUCAGCCACAGACCACGGUCAACCCAGACCGCAUCAAACAGGCCAAGCUGAUUGUGCCCAACAGCACAGCAGGGCUGAUCAUCGGUAAAGGUGGUGCUACAGUGAAGGCAGUUAUGGAGCAGUCAGGUGCAUGGGUGCAGCUUUCUCAGAAACCAGAGGGUAUAAACCUGCAAGAGCGUGUUGUCACCAUCAGUGGGGAACCUGAGCAGAACCGCAAAGCUGUUGAGAUAAUAGUACAAAAAAUCCAGGAGGAUCCACAGAGCAGCAGCUGCCUUAACAUCAGCUACUCCAAUGUCACAGGCCCUGUGGCCAACUCCAACCCAACAGGCUCACCGUAUGCUAACUCGGCAGAGGUGAUGCCCGCUGCAGCUGCUGCGGCUGCUGCCACAGCCUCCAGCCUCUUGGGGCAGGCCAGUCUGGCAGGGGUGGGUGCCUUUCCCACCGCUGCCAUGUCAAGCUUCUCAGGAAAUGACCUCCUGGCCAUCACGUCAGCUCUUAACACACUGGCUAGCUAUGGAUAUAACACCAAUUCCCUGGGUCUUGGGCUCAAUCCGGCUGCUGCCUCAGGAGUCCUAGCAGCUGUGGCAGCCAGUGCAAACCCUGCAGCUGCUGCAGCAGCCAACCUGCUUGCCUCCUAUGCCAACGACGCUUCAACCAGUACCGGCCACCCUGCCACCGGCCUUGGCGGAUUUACUUUGGGCUCGCUGGCCGCUGCCACUGGGGCUACCAAUGGGUACCUGAGCGCGGCUUCCCCACUAGUAGCGAGUUCAUUAUUGGCCACCGAGAAGCUGGCUGAGGGUGCAAAGGAUGUAGUGGAGAUCGCCGUACCUGAGAACUUGGUGGGAGCUAUCUUGGGCAAAGGUGGCAAAACACUUGUGGAGUACCAGGAACUGACGGGAGCCCGAAUCCAGAUCUCGAAAAAGGGAGAAUUUGUUCCUGGCACUAGGAACCGAAAAGUCACCAUCACAGGAUCACCUGCUGCCACACAGGCAGCCCAGUAUCUCAUCAGCCAACGAAUCACAUACGAGCAGGGUGUGAGGGCCACCAAUCCGCAGAAGGUGGGCUAAAACAGGGAGAAAGAAGGAGUGGGGGAUGGAUGGAAAGAUACAGAGAAAGAGAAAGGAGGGCAAACGUUUUGAAAGAAAUCAUCCACUAUGUGCUACUUGCAUAUUUCAGUAUUAAAAAAAGGAAAAUAGUCCACCUUGCAAGAAAAGGAAUGAGUAAAAAUAUGAAAACCAAGAAAAAAAACAUGUAAAAUGUAUAUAUGGGUUUAUUUCUUAAGUUUUCAUCUUUCAGGAUUUUUUAUUGGUUAAAAAUUUGGUUUAGCUUUUUUCAGUUAAAUUUUUUUUAGUUAAUUUUUUCUGGACAGUGGUGAAUGGUAUUUCAGACUGGCAUGCUUGCUGCAGCUACCAGCAGGUGGUGGGGUUGGGGGAGGACAGGGUGAAGCAGUUGGACUUAAGCCUACCUGGAAUCAGCCCUGUACCCAUUGCCAGUCCCUUCCUAGCUGACAAGAUUAUUAUUAAUUUUUUUUAUUAUUUAAUUUUUUUUUUUUUUUUUUUUUAUUAGUUUUUUUUAACUCCUUAGUUUAAUUGCCUACCCCUAUUUCUGUGUAUGUGGGCCUGAUGCGAUGGCAAACAAGUGCUUGGGUUUUAGACUUAGGGCAGUUUCCCCUAUGUGGUUAGUGGUGCUCCAUGCCACCUUACCUAUUGUCAUUGUCCUCAAUAGUUCCAACCAGCCCAGCCAGCCCAAUCCCUGAACGGCAGGCUGGGAUUGGGGCAGUGAGGGGAAGCUGAUUAGGGUCUCUCCUUCUAGCUACUAGCUAAAAACCUGGAGUUUUUUUUUAAAACUUAUCUUUAAACCAGGUGCAUGCCAUGCAAUGCUAUUACAGAUUUAGCUAGCAUAAGGGACAUUUAUAGAUCUGGUUGGGGACAUCGGCCAAGCAAAAUGCACCUACUUGGGUCAAAUUAGUACCAGAGCAAACAGACAAUGUGGCGAUAUGCGUCUGGUAUUAAUCAAAAAUUAGUAGUUGUAGUUCUACUCUUUACAAAAAUCCUCACCAUUGAUAUUAUUUAUUAAUAUAAUUUCACCCACGAGGACUGAGGUGUUUUAUUUUUUUUUUAUUAAUCUGUGAAUUCAGGUUGACAUGAAUGUAAAGACAAUAUUUUGGAUUUAGUUUUUUAUUUAAGUGAAUUGAAUAGUAUGUCACAGUGUAAUAUAUGUCUUAUUUAAAGUCCAGUGACAACUGCACCGUCGGCACCAUCAGAGAGAAUAGCAGCAGGUAUAAAGUACUGUACGUUAAAAUGAAUACAUGGAACACACACAUGCACGCAUACACACACUCACAUAGGCACAUACAUUAAAAAGGGAACCAUGUCUGACUUAAGGGUAGACAAAUCAGUGAAACUGACAAUUCACAUAUACUCAUGUCUAAUUAUAAAUUAUAAAUAUUGCACAAGUUGAAGGGAGUGUACCGAUAACAAGAACAAACUUAUUAAUGAGAUCAAAUCCCUUAUGUAUUGAAAUCUGAUGUAACUUUCAAAUAUGUCCUCUUUUCAUUAUUAGAAAAUGUGGUGCAAUUAUAUAUUUAAUUUCCGCAAGCUGAGUGACAACAUCUGUCAUUUGUCACUGGCUACGGACAAAUUGUGUAGCUGUAUCAUAAAUCAAACAGAAAUAUGUCUGUUUGUGGACAUAUACUACUGAACAACUAUAAAUAUGAACAAAACUUUAGUUCUGAUGAGCACCGGGAUACCAUUUAUUAUGCCAUUGCCCUAUUCAUAUCCACAGUUUCAUGGUGGCAAGGAAAUUAACAAGCAAAAACAUUUUUUCAGUCAUUUUAUUCAACUUGGUUAUGGGUUAAGUCGUUACAGUGGGUACCAUUAGUUUUGGACACUCUUUUGAAUUUAUAAAAUCUCUCUGUACUCAUCAGAACUACCUAUGUGCUGCUAAACAGUCCAAUAGACAUACUUUUGUUGUUAGAAUACACUGAAUUUCGUCUUAAUGCACUGUGAAGUGUGGAGGCCAUGCUUAAAGGCCCAGAAGCAAAGGUUCGAUGUAAAAAACAUAUCGAAAAGUGGUGUAGAGUAUCAGAAGAAAACAGCCUAGAACAGACUGGUUUGCUACACACAGAAAACAUUUUAACUAAUGAUUAAGAACCAGUUUCUUUGGGUAUCAUCUUGCUACUAUAUCAGCCUUUCAGUUCCCAAUUCCUUUUAGUUCUUCCUCUAAAUUACCACAUUUAGAAUUAAUGGUGCCUGCUGCCAUAUUUAAUGUUAACGAUGGGAAGAAAAUUCCACGUCCAGCUUAAAUGACCCAUCAUCUUUCUGGUUUCAUUCCAAAAAUUUAAUUGAAGUUCAUCUGAAGGAGAUUUUCAAGCAGUUCAAAAAAAUGACCUUUUACUUUACCAAUAGACUGGAGGAACAAAAGAAUCAGAACAAAACAUUGAGACCCAGAGCAGAAUCUAGACAGCAGUGUGCUCUCUCUUCACUGACUAAAUAUACAAUUGUCUUCCUCUCAAUUUCUCAAUUUGGAACGCCAGGGAGAGUAAAUCUGAACCGAUUGGUAAGGAGACUUCUUUAUUCCCAUCUAACACCAUCAACCUUUCCUCACCUCUUCUCAACCCCUCUUUACUUCCGUGCACCUCCCAUUUUGACACAUCAACCCAGAGACCCCCUUCUCUCACAUCUCUCCAUGGGUGGCAAUGUCUGGUGCUAAAGUGCAUGUUUGCUUGCCCUUUCACAAAACAAUGACUCGACAGAAGAGAAGAUGUGACCUAGGUGUUGCUGUGUAGAGAGGAAAUGCUUACACUAGACUUCACUGCAGGGCCACGAUUUGAAAAAGAGACUGUGUGUAGCGUUCUAGUAGGAAACCUUGCUGGUUUUACUAUUUAGGGAAAAUGCAGUUAGCGUAAAGCCUUCAGGAGAAGCUAUGGCUUCAGCUGACAAGGAAUAGUUUUGCAUCUUGUUAAACACACUAAUGACGCUAGUUACUAAUUAUGCUAGCGGCUGCAGUAGACAGUAGUGUUGAUGUGUUUUCCAAAUGACUGAAGGCAAAGAUGAUUUGUGGCUGCCAUAUUUUCCUGUAAAGACCGGCGAAAGUUGAGAAAAUUGGUGCCUCCGCAUUUUAGAGUGCAUAUGCAUCCCACACAUAGAAUUGUAUACAUGUGCACUGACGAACACAUUGACGUCUUAUGUCACACAUCAUGGCCACCACUAAAAAACAUACACGCACCCACAACUGCACUUACACAGACACUGACAUUAUUUUGCAGGAAAAAAAGAGGAUAAGGAAGAUUUAUUAAUUGCCGAGAAAUUUGAUCAGUAACACUUAGAAAAGGAAGAUAUUACUGUGAAAUUUUAAUGUGAACACUAAGAACAGGUGCCAUCAUAGUGUGCCUAUGAGCAGCUUCCUGUUUGCGUUUUUGUUUUCCUUUAUUUCAGUACUUAAAAUGCAUAUUCUGGGGGGCGUCUGCAUUUUUCUGUUGUUGGUAACUGGGGAACUAGAUAAAAUGUGAUCAGUACUGGAAGCAAUAUACGUAGUAGCAUGUCGUCCUGUCUCGUCUUUUAUUCUGUCUGUGUAGGAGCUUUCAAUUUACCUAGGUGUUGAGUAGGUUUGCAUAUUUAAUAUUUUUUAAGUUGUGAAGAUGCUGCUAUUGAAUAAGUGACGUACUAAAAUUUAAGAUAAACAUAUCUGGUCAGUCGUUUAGCGAGGUGUGCUAGUUCUAAGAGGUGUAAUAAAUGCUACAUGAUAAGAUAAUUGCUAUAUUAAACAGAAUACAUGAACGUGCCAAAAUAGAUCUUUACAGAUUCAGCAACUGUAAAUGUGUGAUUUAAACACCUUUAGCUACAAGCAGACUUACUUUUAUAAGUUAAAAAAAUGUGAAAAGUGCCAAACAAACCACAGUUAAGGUAUAACUAGCAAAGUGGCCGUUUCUAAAAGUAGUAGGAACAAAGUAGAUGUUAGUGCUAUUAAGUUAAAAGGUUUUCGGCCCCUCAUGAACUAAUACAAGAGGAAAGUGUGAUGAGGGAAUCAUCUUGCUCACCGGACAAAUGCAUAUAGUGCCAUGUGGCCAUUAAUGCUACAUCACUGGGGCUAGAAGACUGCCGUAGACAUAGGCUAGCAUGAGUUUAAUACGUUAUCAGCAUUCUUAAUACAGCCUUUUCUAGUUCUGAAAAUGUAUUUUGUGAAAAUAGAUGUUAUCUUUUUUUGCACGUCUAUAUUGCAUGAUAUCAAAAAGUAACGUGUGGAUUUUAAAAAAAACAAGAAAUGAAAAUCAUACAAAAAAAAAGAGAGAAAACAUUAGGCAGUGUGCGUUAAUUUUAAGGACAAAUUCUUGCAUGCUAACACUAAGAGCAUUGGAGUUUUAUUUUACACACACUGACCUGUCUUUUAUUUCUGCAAAGACUUAACUGAGAAGUUUUGUUGUCCAUCUGUAGGAACCAGAAUCAUUCAUACAUAAUCAUUUUGCAUUUCUUUUUGUUUGCAAUUUUGAAGUACAACAAUAUUUUAAGAGAAAAAUGUCCAGAUGUGGUUGUGUUUCUAAGAUAGCAAAAGCAACCUAAUUAAAAUUGGGUUUAAAACUAUUUUUUCUCACUAAAACUGAGGUCUUGUCUUUGAAUGUACUCACCACUGCAUAACUUUGCAUAUCACUUUCAAUCAUGACUUUUAAAGCAUGAUGUGUUUUUUUGUAUAUUGUGUGCCAAUACUAACAUCUUUUAGGCUACAUUACGCCCAGUGCUUUCUUCAGUUUUUGCCACAUUAUAACUCACAUUAUGCUCGAGCCCAUGAUUUUGAUGAUACGCACUUUAUAAACAUUUUCGCCCUAAAUUCUACCUGACAGUGAAAGAGUUGUGUCACCUGAGCCCUCUGUCUCUGCUGUUCAGAUUUUGUCACUUCCAAACCCCAAAACUAUUCUGCUAUGUGAAUGUUUUAUAUGACAGGCUGGCCGCUAAUCUCCAUUAGUGAAUGAUAAAUGAUCAAUAAAUGAUGAGCAUUUUGAGUUUAUUGUCAAAGUUCGACAAAGACAAUGCCACAAUUUUACUUGGAACAUAAAAAUGUUCCAAUUGUGUAUUCCUCAAAUUCCACAAAUUUUUAGAAAUUGGAUAUGCACCUUAUUGAUUUCUUGAAAAAAAGAAGGGAAGUGUUCCAAAAAGUGCAAAACUUCUCUAUUAGGUCAAUACCAGUAUAUAUAAAACCAUUACAAUGCAUCCAGCCAUGCUUUGAUUAAGACUCUUUGUAGAGUAUGACUGAGGGUUUUCUGUCUCCAUGCUUUUAACAGCUACAUGUUGUGGCAUUUCUCUGUCGGUGCUCUUGCACAAACAAAGCUCAUGUUUUGUUUCAUGUUACUAAGUUUUGCGGCUUUGUCACAUGCAGUAAAGAUUAAUGCAAAUUUUAUGGUUUAUUCGAUGUUGAGAAGGUCAUUGCUUUUAAUGCGGGCAUAUUGUUAGAGCAUUGCACUUUUCCAACUCCAGUCUGGCCCCACCUGACCCUCUAAACAAGCCCUGGGGUCACUCUUACGCUUGUAACCAUCAAAGCACCAGCAACGUUAGAACACAUUUGUCAUAUCACUGUUCUUUUCUCUCUUUUUAAUUUACCUGUUUUUGUUUGUAUGACACUCUCUAACCUAGACCAAGUAUAACAAAAAUGUCAUUCAUAUGUAUCCUGUUUACUCUCCCUUUCCCCCUUUUGCACUUUUCACUGCCCCCUUAUUUCCAACCACUACCCACACUUCUGCCGAACCUCUCCCUCACACCCUCCCAGACUUUCUCCUGAGUGCCAAAUGACAACAGUACCAUUCCAAACGUUUUGAGUUCUCUUGUAUGUUGGACAUCCAUCGGACGCACCCAUGAAGCCAGCAUGUUACUCCAUAACAUGAUGUCAGUCAUGACGCCUCAACAUUACCCCAAAAAAAAAAAGCGAGAUCUGGAAUAACACGGUAAAAGGCUGGCUACCUCUCAUAAACUGCUUUUCCUAAUUCUCUGCCAUCUCUUCAACCUCCAGGACAUCACUGAUUGUGUGCCAUAAUGUUGGGAGCACUUGUCACUCUCUUCACCCCAAGUCUCUCCAUUUGAGUUUUUUUCGCUGGGAAGCAUUAAAACAACAACAAAAAAUAUUCAUUUCGAUGACAGCUUUUUUUCCUUUAACGUAGAAACAUGUUCAGAAAAAAAAGCUGAGGAGUGUAAACGUCAGCUGUGCAGCCAUCUUCUGUCUUCUGAACUUUGAACUUUUCACCCCUCAUGAACUUUAUUGACCUUCUUCCUUCCCUUCUGUGUUCAUCAACUGUUUGGACUUAAAAUCUCCAUUCCAUCACCAAACCUUUUAGAGACUGUGCAAUUAUAGUUGAUAUGAUUGGAUUUAUUUUUUUUUUUUCGUUAAACUCAUCAUUGGGGACAAUUCUCAGAGAUAAAGAAUAAAAGCAAAAGAAAAACAAAACAAAAAAAAUUAAAAAAAGAUCCCAAUUGCUUCUCCACAACUUAAUUUUCUCUUUUCAUUGUAAAUAUUUUUGUCAGAAUUUGUCAAACUGUAACCAGAAGAGCAUUCAUUAGAUUGGGGCUGGCAGCAUAAAAUCAGCUUUGUGGAGUGCUUUAUGUGAAAUAGGAUAGACUUAAAGAUCAAUUAGUUUGAUAUUAAUAAAGCAACAUACAUAAUUAUUGUAAAAGGGACAGUUUACAUAGAAUAUUGAAAGAUUUCCAAAAAUGUACACAGGUGCAAAAAAUUUUUUAUUACCGCUUUCAAUCAUUAAGCAUAACAGCUGCUUUGAAAGAGUAAUUUAAUCAUUUAAAAACAGUUUUCCCGUCCAUUUAACUGUCACAUUCUUGCUAAGAUUCAAGCUUCACUUGUGAAUCACAUCAAGCUAGCUUUGUGGUUUUAUCAUCUAUAAAAUCUGCUUUGCAUAUCAAUUUCAUAUCAAAUACUGUUCACACCUAAAUCCAUAUCAAAAACAUUUCUCGCAUUUUUAAACUCAUAGUCAACAUGUUUUUUGCUAACUUGCUAAUUUUACUGCACACAAAAUGAGCAGGUUUCCCUUCUGAAUUGAUACUAGUGUUACAUAUCAGAGCUCAGAGUACGUAUCAGCUGUGUUGAGUGUAAACUGUGUCCAUUAGACGUGUUUGAUAGGAGCAUGAUUCUCACGUGUCCCGUUUCCCUGCAGGGAAGAAAGAUCAACCAUUUCCAUGAGUCAUAACUGAGCUUUGUGCUCCACAUCUAAUGUUUCUAUGCUGCCAGCUUUCUUUUCUGAUAACCCUUCAUGAACUUAUUUAUUUUCAAACUACUCUACAUAAUUAAUAAAUGACAACAACUAGAAAAAGGGGAAUGACUGGAAAGAUGAAUUACUGUUUUGUUCUUAGUAUUUUAGUGGUUUAUUUUAACACCAUUCAUUAACUGACUUAAAAAAGUAUUGGAUAUUUAAUGUAAUUGUAGCAUUGUGUUUGUAAAAUAGUGAGUUGUGUUUCUUGACUUGUGGUUUACCAGUGAAGUCAGCGAUUUAGUGCUAAUAUAUAAAAAGACGUUUUUUAAGAUUUUUUUUUUUCCGACAGCAACAACAGUCAUUAUAAAUGUUCAUUUUAGCAUCA